AGCAAUGCCGGCUCGUGCCAUAGUCUCUCACACCAGAGAGGGAGGAAAAAGAAUCUCUCGCGCUUAAUCGACCGCCGAGAUCAUUCCAUGAGUUCCUGCUGGUACUAGAAGAUGGCCAAGAAAGCUUCUUCAAUCCCCAGCUUUAACAUUAUUGCUCAUCCUUCCGUUGGGGACCAAGCGGAUGACGUGUCUAGGUACCUCAUAGGCAAAGGAACCAUACACUUCUGGAGGAACGUUGCCUAUGAGACAGAGGGCCGUCCGUACAUCCGUGUGACUCACGAUAUCAGCAUAGACGACGUGCUCAAUGUGUUCACGCGUGAGUGGAAGUUUACGCUGCCCCGAAUUGUGCUGGUCAUCAUCUCUAGCCUUGCCAACUGGCAAGAAUGGAGCGCUCCAAGACAACUGGAAAACGUCAAGAAGGGGCUCAUCAAGGCAGCAAAUACGACCGCCAUGUGGAUUUUGACCAACGGAAUGAACGCUGGCAUCGCCAAAGAGAUCGGCGGCUGGGUAAACGAGGAGUUGGUCCAGCGACAGAUCAGACGCUGCCACCGACAUCCGCACACGGACUAUGAGAAGUUACCGCCGCUUUGCCUUCUGGCGAUCGUACGCGAAGACGUGCUUACCUGCGCCGAAAAGUUCGAAGCGAACAAGGAUGGCCCGAUCUACAUUGAGAACACGGGAGGUCGACCUGACGAUAAUCGCUUUGACCUCAACCCUGAACACACGCAUUACAUCAUCGUUAAAGACGACACCAUUCACAAGACAGGGCUCAAUUAUUUCGUGCUCAAGCUGGAACAGCAUCUUGCUAUGGCCUGCGAAGAGGAGACACUAUCAACACCACCAGCUCCUGGUUCUCACAUCCCUGGUCUGGACCCUCCCACCUUAUACUCGGCGGAGAUUCCUCUCAUAGCUGUCGUUUGUCAAGGAGGCACAGGGUGCAACAAGAUGGUGCUGGAUCAUAUCAAGAGACAGCUCCCCGUACUAGUUAUUCAAGGAAGCGGAGGCCUCGCCGAUCUCUUGGCGCUCGCGUACAACGAGAUCGCUCGACGUGGGGUGACGCUGUGGGACCCUGAGUUCAUUGAGGGAGUCUUGAAGCCAGAACUCAGCCAAAAGAUCUGCCAAAUGUUCCCAAAGUUCCGAGACAACACGUUAUCCAGAAAUGUAUUCAGGGACAGGAUUAUAGAGUGCCUGCGUCUUGCAUGUCAGACACAAGACCAGAAAUAUUUCACGGUGAUCAACAUCCAUCACCACAGGAAUAAUUUGCAGCACCUGGACGAUAUCCUCUUGAAGGCCGUCUUUAAAUCUCAAGUACAACUACAUCAGGCGCACCAGAUGAAGAAAGACCUGUUACUGUGUUUGGACUGGAACUGCCCGCAUGUGGCCAUCACGAAGGUCUUUUCCAAGGAUACACCACAGCGAUAUCAAAUCGACAGAGAAGACUUUGAAUACGCACUUGUGCGUUCAAAACGUGAAGAGUUCCUUCACCUCUUUCUCAACCAAGGAUUUCAGGUGCACAAGUACCUCUCCCCAAAACGGCUUAAACAGCUAUUCAUUAAAGUACAGCACGAAGAGUUCUUCCGAUCCGUUUGUUGGGAAGGAGCGCUAGGGCACAGCCUGCUGUCUAAGAUUGGUAAAAACUUCAUCGAGAUGGACCUGAACUGGCUUAUCGAGACGACAACGGGGCUUCACGAUUUCGUGGAUUCUGAAGAACUUUCCAUGAACACUGCUCUGGGCAUGUACAUACAGGAUGCAGCAUCCGCUGAGCGCAAGGCCCUUGUGAUCUUGUCUUUGUGGGCUGCCUUUACAAAUCGCCGUAAGACGGCUGAAGUUCUGUGGCGGAACUGUGACCAACCUGUCCACAUGGCGCUUGUCCUGUCGAUGACUUACGAUAAGCUGUCCUUCUACGCUUUCGAAGGGAGCAUUAAGCAGGAACUUCUGGAGACCAAGAGGCAAUUUGCUGCCAUGGCCACUGGUGUACUUGACCUAUGCUACAGUGACUCUACUUGUCGUGCGUACGACAUUCUCAGUGUACAGAGCAUGGACUGGAAGUACAAGACAGCCGUGGACAUCGCUGCCGAGGCUUCGAACAGAACGUUUCUUGCGCACCCUUGCUGUCAGAAAUGGCUGAGCAAUCAGUUCUUGGGACGUAUCAGCGUUCGUGACAUAGCUUGGGGAUUCCUAGGUGUGCCCAUGUGGCUCAAGAUAGUCCUGUGCUCCUUUUUCGUCUUCCCGAUGUACAUCUGGGUCCGAUUCAAAAGUGAUCCCCAUCAGAUGGACUACGGCGAUGAAGAUGACGGCGACAAGGAUUAUAGCCUCUCUCGUAACAUCACAGAGAACGUGAAGUACGACCGAUACGAAACGGUGGGCACAGCGGCACAGGAAGGCCUCUUCAUUCAUCUAAAUCCACCGGUCUGGAAGAUGAUCUACCUCAUGUGGAACGCUCCCAUCACCAAGUUUUGGGUCUAUCAGACUUUUUACGUCUUGUUCUUGGGAACCUUGAGCGUGGCAGUCCUGUGGCCUUCGUGUGGAAACACAAUGUUAGACAUCGUCUCAAUCACCUGGAUUUUCCUGAUAUCUUUGGAGACGAUUGACAGAACCUACAGGCUCCACAAGUUGAACGCGAACGUUCCUCUCACGGCGAAAUGCGUGGAAAUCUUGGUGACAACCUUCUUCGGCGUGAACUACCUUCUUGCACGGAUGUUUCAUGUUGGGGUUUUCCGCGACCCGUACAAUAGCAGAGUGCUGCUGUGCGUAGCCCUGUUGUACUUCUACUACAGGCAGACCUUCAUCUACCUGCCUAUAUCACCACAGCUUGGACCGCUCCUCUACAGAGUGAAGCUCAUGGUUAUGCGAGAUUUCAUGAACUUCAUGCGAAUGGCGCUUCUGGUGAUCAUAAGCGGAGGCAUUGUUACUCAUGCGGUUCUCUACCCCGAUUUUCCCAUCACGGUCGAGUUGUUCCGGAGGAUCGUACACAAGGCUUGGUUCUCAUUGUUUCUGACACCGAUAGACGAUCUCGAAGGACAAUCAAGUUGUUUCAAGUUGGUGCGCACUAGCGACGACACCUGCCACGUCAGCAAAUAUACGGACGAGAGUUGUCCCAAUCCUGGACUUUGGCCUUACGUGUUCACCAUCCUGUACUUCAUUCAUCUCAAACUCAUUCUGCUCACACUUCUAUAUGCCCUGUUCAGUAAUACAGCAGCAGACCUCGAGCCAGAGUCCGACGCUAUUUGGAAGUUCCAGAGGUACGAACUCGUCACGGACUUCGCCACAAGACGCUGUCUUCCGCCACCGGUGAACGUCUUGAGCUACGUCUGGCUUGUCACCAGGUUCAUAGUCUGUGGAAUAGCAACGUCAAAGUGUAGAAAAUGCAGGAAUCACGAGAAAGAGCCGUUGCAUGUACGCAUGCAAGAUCUCCCUGGAAGAGGUCAGAAGCUGUCAGACCGCGACUACCACUAUUGGCGACAGAAAGCGUUGGAGUACAGUGAAGCGACCGCUGCUAAUGCUGACGGGCCAGAGCAGCAGGCAGAAAGGCUCGUGUUGAUCUUGGAAGACGUAGACUAUCAGCGCUCGCUCCUGGACCAGCUUAACGGCCAGGUACAAGAGGUGCAACGACAGCUGACGCAAUCUUUGUUGUACUUGGAAGCCCUCAAACAGGUCUCUUCCAAAGCUGAUGCUUCGUCCACGGGAACCAACGUGCAGCAAACGACUCUGCACUACAUUUCCCGACAAUCUCCAUACCCGGGGACGAAGAUUCAACGAUUCCCGGUACCAGACAAAUACGUUCCUUGGGAAGUGAUGUGGUUGGACUAUGACCCGGUGGCUUACACACGAGCCCGAUCUCAGUUUCCGGGACCACUGCAGGUCUAUGUCGAUGAGGACAUCCUUCUGCUGCGCGCGAAAGACAGCGAUAAAUCAUUCCCAGCUUUUCAAUGGAACUGCACGGCCGUGUCACCAGGUGGCGUCAGCAUCGACCGCAAGUCAUGGAUCUCCGACGACGAAGGUGGCUACAUCAUCUAUGUUCUUGAAAGCGAAGGAAUUCCAAGGAAUCCAGCCGGCAGAACAGGACUGAAAGGCAAGGGCGCUCUGCCGCGAUGGGGACCGAACCAUUAUGUCCUUUUCGUCAUUAGCAGGUACCAGAGGUCGAAGACAUCUCUGGCGCAACCUCGAGGUUUGGAGAUCGCACUUAUGCGAAUCUUUCGAACCGACCAAUUUGUUCUGCCAGGCGAUUUCGUCCCUGGCGAGCAAAAGUAUGACGGCGUACUGCGAGUGUGCUUCAAAGUUACGGACACUCAAGCCAUCCUGACUGAAGACGACGUUGUGGCCCUCUUUGAGAGCUGCCUCCAGGAAGUGCCAGAAGGCCUUGACACGACCCAACUGGUAGAAUGCGGCGUUGCGCGUCGAGGUUACAUGGACGAUCCUAUGAACACCGACAGCAGCUGGAGGGAAGUUGAAUUGUGGAAGGUCCAUUACAACUGGAAGGAAAAUUUGUGCGAAAGGUUUCAGCCCAAUGUCAUCUGGCGGCUUGUGACAGACGAUCUUUUUCUGAAACUUCCUUCUGGACACGCAAAUCUCUUCAACGAAGUUUGGAACUUUCAAGGAACACUCGCUGGAUAAUGAAAUAAGUUGCUUCAAGAAUAAACAUUCAUUUCAACGGUA